AUAUGUAUGCAUUGGGAAAGGGAUCGGAGUUUGGUAUCAUUUCAAGGCUAACCUACUAUUCCUUCAAAUAAACAAAACUGACUGUCAUUUAAAGUGAAAACUCGUAUAGUAUUUGAAUCAAACAUUCAUUCAGUGUUUUGUCGUUAAUUCACUGAAUAUUAAAAAGUGGUAUUUUUUGUUGUUGUUAUUGUUUUCGCCGAUCGAUAUAAUAAACUAAAUAAAAAUGUCUUCAGUCGGCGAUGCAAUUGACACCAAUUGUAUGACAUUAACGCGCUUUAUGUUGACUGAACAGCGCAAGAGAGAUGACGCGACCGGAGAGUUGACCACUUUGUUGAACGCCAUCUGCACUUCGGUCAAAGCGGUCGGAUCGGCCGUCAGAAGGGCCGGUAUCGCUAAAUUAUAUGGUAUCGCCGGUAACACCAAUGUCCAGGGAGAGGACCAGAAAAAAUUGGAUGUAUUGGCCAAUGAUUUGUUUAUAAAUAUGUUGCGGUCAUCCUAUACGACAUGUCUGUUAAUAUCGGAAGAGAACGAUACAGUGGUUGAGAUCGAACCCGAAAAGGCCGGUAAAUAUGUGGUGGCAUUUGAUCCGUUAGACGGAUCAUCUAAUAUCGAUUGUCUCGUUUCUAUCGGAUCUAUAUUUGCCAUCUAUCGAAAAGAAGAAAUUAAUGGAAAGAUUGGCGUCAAAAGUGGUCGAUCUAUAGUGGCCGCCGGUUACUCAUUAUAUGGUAGCGCAACGGCUAUAGUGUUAAGCAUAGACGGUUCGGUCAAUGAAUUUACUUAUGAUCCGACAAUCGGUGAAUUUAUAUUAACUGAUCCCAAUAUGAGAGUACCACAAAAGGGAAAGAUCUAUAGCAUUAAUGAAGGUUAUGAGUCUCAAUGGGAUGAUGUGGUCAAAGAGUAUGUCCGCAGCAAAAAGUAUCCCAAAUCGGGAAAACCUUAUUCGGCCCGUUAUGUCGGCUCAAUGGUGGCCGAUGUUCACCGAACCAUCAAAUAUGGCGGUGUAUUCUUAUAUCCGGCGACCAGUGAUGCCAAAAGUGGAAAAUUAAGACUUCUUUAUGAAGGCAAUCCUAUGGCUCAUAUUAUUGAAGCGGCGGGCGGUGUGGCGUCCAAUGGUAAGAUUCCUAUACUGGAUAUUGAGCCCAAACAGAUCCACGAAAGGACACCAGUAUUCUUGGGAUCCAAGGAUGACGUCAAUGAGAUUCUUGACGCGUAUAAGAAAAAGUGAUUAUUCAAUAAAUCAUUGAUAGAAAAAUAUAUAUUUUUUAGAUGUCAAACAAUUGUGUGUUUUAUUAAUAUUCUUAAUAUUAGAAAAUUUACUUUAAAUUUCAUGUUUAAAUGAAAAUAUUUUUUAUAUACAUAAUUUGUUUUUAUAAUUCCCUGAAUU